GGAUCCCCCCGCAGGGAUGGAGGGGCGCGGGGAGGAGGCGCCGGAGCCGGAGGUGUCGGAUCCAUCCGAGGAGGAGGAGGAGGAGGAGGAGGAGGAGGAGGAGGAGGAGGAAGGCUCCGGGGUGCGGGUGACGCCGGCGCUGCUGAAAGCCGCCACGGGCGAGUUCUCCCUGGACUCCAUCCUGCUGCUGCAGCUGCGCGGCCGCGGCAUCGCGCACCUGGGCUGCCUGGCCGACUGCUCCAACCUGGAGUGGCUGGACCUGUCGGGCAACGCCAUCGCGGGGCUGGCGCCGCUGGCCGCGCUGCGCGCCCUGGCCGUGCUCAACCUGGCGGGGAACCGCGUGGCCAGCGUGGAGCCGCUGCGGGGCUGCCGCAGCCUGCGCCAGCUCAACCUGGCGGGCAACCGGCUGCGCAGCCUGGGCCAGCUGCGCUGCCUGCGGCACCUGCGGCACCUGGAGAGCCUCCGGCUGCGGGACCCGCGCGGCGACCUGGGCAACCCGCUGUGCGCCGCGCCCGCCUACCGCGCCGCGCUGGCCGCGCUGCUGCCCGGCCUCAAGGCCAUCGACGGGCAGCGGGUGGCCGGCCGCGGCAGCGAGCUGUUCCGCCUGUGCGGGGAGCUGGACGCGGCGCUGGGCGCCGAGCCCGAGCCCGGGCCCGCCGCGGCGCCGCCGGCGCAGCCCUGGGUGCGGGCCGGGUUCUGGGAGCCGCCGCCGAGCCGCAGCGCCGUGCUGGACGAGGCCACGCGGCAGCUCGGGCAGGCCCUGCGCGAGUGCCGGGAGCUCGGGCUCCGCGCCGACCGCUCCAUCGCCCAGGCACGCCGGGCGCUGGGCGGCGCCACCGCGGCCAGCUCGGCUGCUGAGGGUGGCGAGGACGCGGCAGGGACACCCCCCGAGGCGCCCCCGGAGCCUGGAGCCCGCGCUGGAUGAGCUGUGGGAGCGCAGAGGGGGAGUGGAGAGACCCCAAAGUCACCGCGGCUCAAAGGCAUCGUCAUCUGAGCCAAGGGA